GUUGUUUAGUGUUUUCUCCGUGCGCUUUAACGAUGAAAAAGAAAGGACGGAAGCCGCGUCGUAAGCAAACUCUUCCAAAGGCGAUCGCCCCGAUCGAGGAAGAACCGGCAGCGGUGAAAAAUGCACCACACACGUUUGUCAUCCGACGCGGGGUGCACUGUUCGUCGGUCACCCAUUUGUCGCGCGACUUUCGCCGUAUGAUGGAACCCUUCACUGCUUCGAAGCUGCGUGAACGGCGGUUGAAUAAGGUGAAGGAUUUCGUGCACCUUUCUGGGUUUUUCCAUGUUUCGCACAUGUGCAUUUUGUCGCUGUCGCCUCAAACGCUUUCGCUGAAGGUGAUACGCAUGCCGAAGGGUCCAACGCUUACCUUCAAGGUUCACCAGUACACCCUGGCGAAGGAUGUGGUCAGCAAAUCGCGCAAGCAGUACGUGGACGACGAUUGCUUCAAGGCGGCUCCCUUGGUCAUACUGAACAGUUUCAGUGGCGAGGGUCAGCACUUGAAGCUAAUGGCAAGCACGUUCCAGAACAUGUUUCCACCGAUCAACCUGUCGACCGUGAAGCUGUCUUCGCUGAAGCGCUGUGUGCUCCUAUCGUACAAUCCGGUGAGCAAGUUGAUCGACCUGCGACACUACACGAUCACGGCGGUACCGGUCAACUUGAACCGUGGUGUGAAAAAGAUUGUUACACGCAACAUCCCCAACCUGGGACGAUUCGAAGAUAUUGCCGAUUUUGUGGAAAAGGGACACUUGCUGUCCGAAUCGGAAUUGGACGACGAGGAAACACACGUCGUGCUACCGCAGAAUCUGAAUCGCGGAAAUUUGGCCGAUAAUCAGUCGUCGUUGCGGUUGCAUGAGAUAGGUCCGCGCAUUACGAUGCGUCUAAUAAAGAUCGAAGACGACCUGAUGACGGGCGAGGUUCUGUAUCAUGACUACAUUGCCAAGAGCGCCAUCGAAGUCGAUGCUAUCCGCAAGAAGCGUAUGCAGAUACGCAACCUCAAGGAAAAGCGCAAGAAGACCCAAGAGGAUAAUCAAAAGAAGAAAGAACGACAAAAGCAGGAGCAUCGUGCGAAGACUUCGGGAAGGACGGCUGGACAGAUAACCGACCGUGAUAGACAGCUUUUGAAGGAUGCACAAGAUGCCGUCGGCGAGGUGUCAGAUGAAGAUGAUCGUGAUUACUAUCGCGAAGAGAUCGGAGACAAUCCGGACGAGGAGCUGUUCGGGUCAGCACACGGCGGAAAUCGAAAGCGGCCGUUCAUCCCGAAAGGAUCGAACUAUUCGUUGAAACCGAAGAAACCGAGAAUGGAUCGUCGUAAGGAGCACGAAGAGGACGAUCGUCUCGCCAAAAAGGACAGGAAGAAACAUUUCAAAGAGGGAAAAGAGCAAAACGGUAAAGGAAAGUUUGCCAAAAGGGGAAAUGUCAAGAGCGACUACCAAGGCAAAUCUAAGUACAGAGAAGGUGGUAAAAAGGGUGGUAAGGGUCAUGGUGGUGGACCAAAGCAAGGAAAAAAGUCGAAAUCAUCGAAGCGAAAAUAGAUAAAAACAAUAAUACGAAAUA